CUCAAACAUAAAAAAAAAGACCAAAUUAUAUUCUCAUUUGAAAUAAAUUUGCUCUUCAUCAUCUUCAUUUUACAUCACUAUAUUCAUUAUAUUCAUUAGCCAACAUUAACAUUAUGUCACCUCUUCAGUAUACACCUAUGGGCGACAUCCCAAAGAUCACAGAAGAACUUCGUGAGGUCUUUUUGUCUGGUCUGACAAGACCACUCGCUUAUCGGAAAGAACAAAUCAAGGGACUCUACAACCUCAUAGUCGAAAAUGAGGAAGCUUUGCGUGAAGCUUGCGUCCUCGACCUCCAUAAGCCACUCACGGAGGUUGUCUUGGGCGAGACUGGACCUGUGAAGCAAGAGUGUGUGGAUACGCUCAAAAACUUGGAUUAUUGGGCAGCACCUGAAAAGGUCAAGGUCUCUUUGAUCAACAAGAUGGAUACUGUUCAUGUCCGUAAGGAACCUCUGGGAAUCGUGCUGGUUAUUGGAGCCUGGAAUUACCCUGUCAAUCUUCUUUUAAUCCCUGCAAUUGGCGCCAUUGCUGCGGGCAACACUGCUAUCCUCAAGCCCUCCGAAUUCUCUCCUCAUGUUGCUGCAUUGUUAACAAAGUUGUUACCAAAGUACUUGGAUAGCAGAAGCUAUCGUAUUAUCAACGGAGGUGUUCCGGAGACGACCUUGUUGCUCGAGCAAAAGUUUGACCACAUCUUUUACACUGGAAGUGGAAAUGUCGGAAAGAUCAUUAUGACUGCUGCUGCUAAGCAUCUCACGCCUGUAACAUUGGAGUUGGGUGGAAAGAGCCCCGCCUUCGUGAGUAAGGAAGGAAAUAUUGGGGUGAUCGGACGUCGCAUUAUCGGCUCCAAGCUCUUCAAUUGCGGCCAGUCGUGUAUCGCUCCGGAUUAUGUGAUCGUUGAACGAGAAGUCGCAGAUGAACUUGUCAAGGCUAUUCGAUUCCAUAUCCAAGAGAUGUAUGGAGCCUCACCUCAAACAUCAUCAUCUUAUGGCCGCAUUGUCAACAAGCACAACUUCAAUCGAUUGAAAACCGCUCUUCAGGGCACAAAGGGAGAAAUUGUUAUUGGAGGCGAUCUUCAAGAAGAUGAUCUGUAUAUCUCACCCACUGUGGUUCUGAACGUCAAUCCAUCUGAUUCACUUAUGCAAAGCGAGCUCUUUGGACCCAUUUUGCCUAUUUGGGUUGUGGAUUCAUUGGAAGAAGGUGUCAACUAUGUCCGCCGCGGUGAUCAACCCCUGGCACUUUAUGUCUUUAGUGAUAACAAAAAGAAAAUCGACUACAUCUUGGACAACACGCGAUCGGGCAGUGCGGUCGUCAAUGAUGCGUUGAUUCAGUUCACUAUGCACGGCUUGCCCUUUGGAGGAGUCGGUCCAUCAGGCAUGGGCAACUACCACGGAAAGAAGUCAUUCGAUACCUUCUCACAUGAUCGCAGCACAAUUCACAAGUCUCUCGGCAUGGAUAGUGGCAACAACCUUCGGUUCCCUCCAUACACAGAGAAGAAGUUGAGCUGGCUUCAGUGGAUUCUCUAUGAUAACCCCAAGUAUGGUCCUAACGCCGCUAAUCCAGGAGCUGCCAAAGGUAAAGAAGCACUAUUCUUUUUUUUUUUUUUUUUCUAUAACAAUUGA